GGGCGGUGUGAAGAGCCGGACUCAGACCGGGUCUCUAGCCGACACACAGGAGGAGGACGCCGGGCAAGUGAAGCUCCGUCACAUCGGUGUGAAAAAGACGUUAACUCACCGGGGGGACCAACACAGCAGCUGCCGGGUUUCUACCGAAUCGAACUUCGAGGGUUCCAAGCGGCGACGUGUCGGUGAAGUCUGCGCUGUCACCCGGGGGCAGCUCGGUCGAGCGGCGGUGGGAGAGAGGACUUUCCAGCCGAGGGAACCCCGAAGCGGCCCGGGUGCACAUCCGCCUGUCAGCCGGGGGGAGCCGGGGGAGGGUCCGCGCGGUGUCGGCCCAGCGCAACUUUCCUGGAAGUUUUUGCAGAAAUCCAAUCGCAGGGAGCCGGGUCAACCGGACCGAGACCUCAUGAAUGGAAAUCGGAACAACAGACGACGCUGAAGCCCCGGCCCUCUUUUCUUUGCCACGGCGACCUGGCCAUGGCACCAUCGGGAAGCCCAUCAAGCUUCUGGCCAACUGCUUCCAGGUGGACAUCCCCAAAAUCGAUGUCUACCUGUACGAAGUGGACAUCAAACCGGAUAAAUGUCCCCGGAGAGUCAACAGGGAGGUGGUGGACUCCAUGGUGCAGCAUUUCAAGGUGACUAUCUUCGGUGACCGUCGGCCAGUGUACGAUGGGAAGAGAAGCCUUUACACCGCGAACCCACUUCCUGUCGCCACCAGUGGGGUUGAUCUGGAUGUCACCCUGCCUGGUGAGGGGGGGAAGGACCGCCCGUUCAAAGUCUCCAUCAGGUUUGUGUCGCUGGUCAGCUGGCACAUGCUGCACGAGGUCUUGAAUGGAAACGGCGUGGUGGAACCCCUGGACCUGGACAAACCCAUCAGCACCAAUCCUGUUCACGCUGUGGAUGUGGUCCUGCGACACCUCCCCUCCAUGAAGUACACCCCCGUCGGACGAUCCUUCUUCUCCUCCCCAGAGGGCUACGACCACCCGCUAGGUGGAGGAAGGGAGGUGUGGUUUGGUUUCCAUCAGUCAGUUCGGCCGGCCAUGUGGAAGAUGAUGCUCAACAUUGAUGUGUCAGCCACAGCCUUUUACAAAGCCCAGCCAGUCAUCCAGUUCAUGUGCGAGGUCCUGGACAUUCACAACAUUGAUGAGCAGCCGCGGCCGCUCACCGACUCCCACAGGGUCAAGUUCACCAAAGAAAUCAAAGGUCUUAAAGUGGAAGUGACACACUGUGGAACCAUGCGUAGGAAGUACCGAGUCUGCAAUGUAACACGACGCCCCGCCAGCCUCCAGACGUUUCCGUUGCAGCUGGAGAAUGGUCAGACUGUGGAGCGCACGGUGGCGCAGUACUUCAGAGAGAAGUACAGUCUGCAGCUCAAGUAUCCCCACCUGCCCUGCCUGCAGGUGGGCCAGGAGCAGAAACACACCUACCUGCCCCUGGAGGUGUGCAACAUAGUAGCUGGACAGCGCUGCAUCAAGAAGCUAACAGAUAACCAGACGUCCACCAUGAUCAAAGCAACAGCUCGCUCUGCACCGGACCGGCAGGAGGAGAUCAGCCGGCUGGUGCGGAGCGCGAACUACGAGGCCGACCCGUUUGUCCAGGAGUUUCAGUUCCGCGUGCGAGACGAGAUGGCUCAGGUGAUGGGCCGCGUCCUGCCGGCCCCCAUGCUGCAGUACGGCGGCAGGGUGAGCUCUGAGCCGUUUAUGAACCGCACGGUGGCCACACCCAGCCACGGCGUGUGGGACAUGAGGGGGAAGCAGUUCCACACCGGAGUGGAGAUCAAGAUGUGGGCCAUCGCCUGCUUCGCCACGCAGAGGCAGUGCAGAGAGGAGAUCCUCAAGAGCUUCACUGACCAGCUGCGGAAGAUCUCAAAGGAUGCUGGGAUGCCGAUCCAGGGUCAGCCGUGCUUCUGUAAAUACGCCCAGGGAGCCGACAGCGUGGAGCCCAUGUUCCGACACCUGAAGAACACCUACGCUGGGCUGCAGCUCAUCAUUGUUAUCCUGCCCGGGAAAACACCCGUCUAUGCUGAGGUGAAGCGGGUGGGCGACACCCUCCUCGGCAUGGCCACCCAGUGCGUCCAGGUGAAGAACGUGGUGAAGACGUCGCCUCAGACCCUCUCCAACCUCUGCCUCAAGAUCAACGUCAAACUGGGAGGAAUCAACAACAUCCUGGUUCCACACCAGCGGCCUUCUGUGUUCCAGCAGCCGGUCAUCUUCCUCGGGGCUGAUGUCACUCAUCCUCCAGCCGGAGACGGGAAGAAACCAUCGAUUGCAGCGGUGGUGGGCAGCAUGGACGCCCACCCCAGCCGGUACUGUGCCACAGUGCGGGUGCAGAGGCCAAGACAGGAGAUCAUCCAGGACUUGGCCUCUAUGGUGCGAGACCUUUUGAUCCAGUUCUACAAGUCGACGCGCUACAAGCCGACCAGGAUCAUCUUCUACAGGGACGGCGUGUCGGAGGGCCAGUUCAGACAGGUGCUGUACUAUGAGCUGCUGGCCAUCAGGGAGGCUUGCAUCAGCCUGGAGAAAGAAUACCAGCCGGGGAUCACGUACAUCGUCGUGCAGAAACGCCAUCACACACGCCUCUUCUGUGCGGAUCGCAACGAGCGGGUUGGUCGAAGUGGAAACAUUCCUGCCGGCACCACGGUGGACACAGACAUCACCCACCCCUACGAAUUUGACUUUUACCUCUGCAGUCACGCUGGGAUCCAGGGCACGAGUCGGCCGUCCCACUACCACGUUCUGUGGGACGACAACUGCUUCACGGCCGACGAGUUCCAGCUCCUCACCUACCAGCUGUGCCACACCUACGUCCGCUGCACCCGGUCCGUCUCCAUCCCGGCACCGGCCUACUACGCCCACCUGGUGGCGUUCCGUGCCCGCUACCACCUGGUGGACAAAGAGCACGACAGUGCGGAGGGCAGCCACGUCUCAGGGCAGAGCAACGGCCGGGACCCCCAGGCGCUGGCCAAAGCCGUUCAGAUCCACCACGACACAUUGAGUACCAUGUACUUCGCCUGAGGCCCUCCACCUUUCUCAGUCGCUCAGCCAGUCUUAAGGUCCGAGCCCCCCCCGCUGGUGAAGCUCUGGCGGCAGCUACUGCAGACUGCAUGAGGAUGAACGAAGCCAGAGAGGAGUCACAGCCACAUUAUGCAAAAAAAAUUUAAAAAACCAGCCAAUAAUUUCCCUUUGCUCCCACAUCACCCCCCCCCUCUUCGCUUUAUUUAAAUCAUGACGAAUCGACAGCAGCUCAAACUUUUAUUUUGCAGGGAUUUUUCUUUUCUUCUCGUGCGUGCGUGUGUGUGUGUGUGUGUUUAACUGACGCAGCAGGAGGAGGAGGAGGAGGUGGGGAAAUACAAACUGAUGACUCUUUGGUGAAUGAGUGGGAAUGAAGCCUCAUGUUGAGCCCAGUGUCGCUGGUUUACGGUGUUUACACGCGUGUUGUGUUUGUGUUUUCUCAGCUUUCUAGACACCGAAUGUGUUGUGUUGUCUGUGUGGAGCAAAGUGCGUGAUCGCCAUAGCACCAUUGGCAGGCUGCCUUCGCGGUUUACCGAUCGGCCUCCCUUUAAGCCAAUGGUCCCCCCCCCCUCGCGGCCAUCCAGCCUGACGGUGAGAACCGUAACCAACACAGACACUGAAUGAAAAUGUUUUUUAAAAAUAAAAUCCGCGUACAGCUGCGUCUUGAAGGCAUUGUGUAUCGCUUGUUGCCUUAGUGCGAGUCGCAUAAAGUUAGACUGUUAGAAAACUUCUCCACGUCGUAGUUCAGCUUGGUACAGUUUGUUCAACCACAUGUUUCCCCGUGUGCGUUUUAUUCUUCUUCCUAUUUAUGAGUGUUAUUUCCCCGUCUUUUAGUUUUUAAAUUAACUUUCAUAUUCAGCAAUAGAACAGAGUGGACGACUUAUAUCUUCUGACGACAACAAGCGCUUUUAACCUACCCCCCACCCCCCCACCACCACCACCACCCCACCCUCAACAAACUGAUAAUGUCAAGAGCUCCGUCAGUGCAAUAAGGUGCUAAUACAGAGAUCGGGCUCAGUGCUGAACGAGUACCCUGUCGUCAUAAGGGAGUUCUGGCAAGUGACGGUGAACCUCGGCUUCAGGAAUGUAAAGUAUUUGACUUCCUCGUGGGUCAGUCAGAGGUCGGAGGGUGCGUUCGGAGAAGAGUAAUCAAAGUGCCUAACGUGGUUUAAAGAGUGAAGUGUGUGUAUGUGUGUGUGUGUAUGUGUGUGUGUGUGUAGGUUGGAAGGAAGUUAAACGUAUGUUGGUUCGGGCGCCUCUGUGUGAAGAACCCUCUGAGCUGUCCGGCUCGUGGGCCUGGACGACACGGAGGUUACUGGAGUUUGGUUUUCUCACGAUCGGGAACAAAUUCUUCUGAUUUCAACAUGUUUUUAAAAGAGGUUAUAAAGCUUUAUUUUUUACUACUAUCACAAGUUCAACUCGAUCAUCACCCACAUCCCCUGAUAGAUCCGAACAGAAUGAAGGAAGUUAAGUGAAAUUAGAAUCUGGUUAAUCAGGCCUUCAAACUGCCUUUUGUUAUGAUAAUUUAGUUUCCUUAUAAUAACCAGUAAUUCUGUCCAGAUCCAGGAUCAGCUUCACAUGUUGAAAUCAUAAGAUACCUUCUGUCUCUGGGAGGAAACUGAACCCAGUCGUGCACAUGGGGGAGUUUGUAUUCGUCUGCAGACGGCAGAGACCUGUCGUCACCGCCGGGACUCGAACCCUUCGUAUUCAGACUCCGCAGCAUCUGCCAGCCAGCCAUCGGUCUGAGCGUCACCGUUCACGUUCCACCACUCGAGCUCAAACCCCAGUGAACGCUUGUCUGUCUAUAUUUUUGGUUGAAGCGACAUCGUCUUGCAAUAAGGAGCAGUCCAGAGCGGGGGAACUCAUCGUAGACUUCACAGUUCAGCCCCUCGUGGUUUAAUUCAGAGGAAGCCUGUUUUCAUCAGUCGGACCAAACCAGUGGUGCCUGGUCCGGGUCGGGGGUGUUGGGACUCGGGUGUCGAUGCUCUUAUUACAGCCUCGUGCUGAAAAGGCUCUGAACCUAAGCUGCUAUAUUUGAUAUUUCAUCAGAUACAUAUAGAUUCAAUAUAUUGACGGAGAAGGAAGAAGAGGAUUCGUGGUGUUUUACUGCACUUAGAUAAAUAAAUAAAAAACAGCUGCAUGUGUUUUUAAUGGUUGAGUCGGAAGGGGCUGAGGUUUUUUGUUUGAUUUAAUAUUUUCUCUCUUGACUUAAAACAUUUUUAAUUAUAAUGAUGCCGCAGCUGAUCGUUUUCUUUUUGUUUGUCGUCCUGUUGAAGCAGUUUCUCGUUUGUCGGACAUUACCAGCAUUUUUACUUGAAUAGUUUUAGUAGUCGUGGGCAUGUUUAACAUUGUUGUCUAGUGCUCUGCUUGUUUUUAAAAGUUUAUAUUUAUAAGUAUAUCAAGAGCCUUAUAACAGAAACCCCCUCUCUCCUGCCUUGAUGCCACCUGCAGUCAUUUGACCUCGAGAGGCCGAAGGACAGAUUCCCUCAAAAAUAAAAAACCUUUUUAAAACUGAAUGGAGAAAUAUUUAUAUUUAAAGAUACCAAUGUAAUGCACAUACCACUUGUCCUAUAUAAAACAGAGGCCUGAUAGCUGUAUUGAAAUAUGAUAUUUAAUUGUCAUUUUUUUCCAAAUUGGAUAAUGCAAUAGCCGUGUUUUCUGCUUGGUGGAGUCUGUCGGAGGUUUGUUGUUUCACGUCAGACGAACCGUCAACCCUCCUCUGCCGGCGUCCCCCCCACUCAUCAUCUCAAACACGCUCUUUUAUUCUGAAAAGCUCUUUUUAAUUUUUAAACAUAUAUCCUGCGUAUUAAUACAAAGAGGAGGAGGGUUGAACGUUCAUCGCUGGACUGAUUUGUCAGACUGUGCCUUUCCUGAUGGUGCUGAAAAAAAAAAGAACGUAAAAUCAAAGAAAUCCUCACAUUCAGAAAGUCGACAAUAAUAAGUAUAUAUUGAUACAUGACAAUACUGUAAGGUGUGGUUGUGUGUGUGUAUGUAUUUGUGUGCGUGUGUGUUUGUGUGAGACCUAUGCCAAGAACACAAGUUAUGCAGAACUGAUCGGUUUUUGGAGCUGCCAGGACCAGACGGCCUGCAGGGAUCAGUUUCUCACGGACGGGCACUUUCCAAGCACAACCCAGAUCUAACAUUUAGGAGUAGCUCAGUGUUAUGUAGCAUUAUUUAUUUAGCCUUUUAUUUCUAUCGGGACGGGACUCGAACCCUUUUCUCACUGCCUGGAAACACGGAUGUGACUCAAACCAACGUCUCUGUUUAAAAAAAAACAACCUUCGUGAUUUUCCUUCUCAUUCGAAUGUGAAAUUUGGACGUUUACAGAAUUGAGAUGCUUCUUUGAGUCCUCGAGUGUCCGUCUCAUGGUUUUUCCCCACAAAAAUUAAUAUUUAAACGCCUCUGUGCUUGGCUGCAUAUCAUCAUACUCUAAAAUUAUGUUUGGUUGUCACUAUGUAUUAAUGUGAUCAUCUUUUCUUUUGUGCCCGAUUAUGAGAUUUGUCACUUUUAGAAGUAAAACGUCUUUUUUUUGUCUUAACACUCAUCUGAUCCUGGUCCUACAAGUUGAGCCUUUUUCAUUCUGUUGUCGUAUUUAAUUUUUUUUGGAAUAAAUACUCUAUGUAAUGUU